AUGACCCUGCACGAUUGGUUUCGAGCAGCAGAGAUUGGAGACACAGACUAUAUCAAAGAGAAUGUAACAAAAUUUAAAGGAAGAACCACAGAUGCUGGCUCAACAGCGCUUAUGAUAGCUACGCACAAUCAUCGGCCUCAGAUCGUCGAGAUUCUAGCCCCUUUAGAACAGGGAGUCCGUGAUUCUGAUGGGAAAACUGCCCUGAGUAUCGCAGCAGCUUUAGAUGACGAAGAAUCAUGCGCCAUGCUACUUAGAUGGGAAAAGAGCCUUGAAUUGCCCGGUGGGAAAAAUCCAUUGAUGGUGUGCAUUGAGCACGGAGGCACAAACGCUCUUCCAUUGUUACUAGAGGCCUACGGACAGGGGUGUGAUGCACUGGGCUGCACUGCUUUAGAGUAUGCUGUACUAAGCAAAUCUUCAGAGACACUCCGCAUAAUCUUAGAGCAUAUAAAGCCCUCCAUGUCGGAAGUGGCGAAUACCGUAACAAAAGCCUCUUCUGAUUUGGAGACAACUCUGUCCGAGUUGCAAGGUAUAAUAGCACGUUUAGCAGAGGAGAAUAAGUUGGUCAAUCAGCAAUUGAAAGAGGCAGAGACAGAACUAGACGCAGCCAACCUUGAAGCCCAUAACCUUCGCUGCAAGAUUCGCUCAAUGGAGGACUACACUGACGGUAUUCACGAUGUCCUUCGCCAGGUCACCCAUAUGGAGUCGAUCGAUGAUAUACUAACUUGUCUCAUAGACCCUGCUUUCAACGCAGAGCUCCUCAGCUACCUGGAGAAGAGUAAGCUGACAUCUACUACCAAUGUAUCAACAAGUCCGUUUACCAAUAUUUUGUCGUGCUCUCCUGCAGGGCUACGGAAUAGCCAACCAGAUCCCUCCCUCGUAGAAGAACUAGAAGGCCUGAAAGAGCAACUGGCUCACAAGGACAGAGAAAUUUCAUCUCUCAAAGAAAAGAUUAGUUCUAACUAUUUCGUCAACUGUUCUACCAACGAACAUUCAGAACAUAAUUUAUCUAUGGUUGAGAACUACAUGCAGCAGAUAUCUGAUCAAAAGGUUAAGUUAGAGAGGCAAGCAGAGGAGCUUCAUGCAUUGAGGCGCCUUGUUGGGUCAAUGGCUGUGGAGAACAUAGCCGGUUGUUCAGCAGAUGCCCUGCACACGGCAGAACAGCAAGUGUUUUUGAACUCAGCUAAAGAGAAGCGCCUCACUGCUCUCCAGCAGUCGAAGAUGGUCUCAAAGGAGGAUGAAUUACCUACCAUUCCAGAGCAAGGCACACACAUUGAUCCUAGCCAAUUCACCUACUCCUUUGAUAAGGGUUCUAUGUCUGAUAGAGAUAUCGCGGAUAUGUAUCGGGUAAUGAGGGACCUCCUGGGCGCAGACCCUUCCACGCAACCUUUAGAAGACAGUAUAUCUAAUGUUCAGACACUACCUACGCUAAGGCUAUUCACGGAAACGAUGGACGACUCGAUAGAAACGUAUAUGCCUGUAAAGCCCGACGACUUCAAGGCUGUAUUCGAACAAGUGAUGGAGAAAUUCGUAAAUAUACAAAAGAGGAAUGACAUCUUAGCAGAUUGCCAUGAUGCCAGUGGAUCUAGCACGCCCAGACACAAAGCUAUUCACACAGAGCGUUGGGAGUUUGGACACGGCUUUAUAGAUUCUAUGGCCAAUAAAGCCGAAGAUGCCGCAGCGUUUGCAACAGAAUCAUUGGCCACAGCACGACCAGCAAAGAGUCCUAGUCCCCCUCAGCUCCUGUCAUCUUGUGGCGAACGUCGUAAUGAAGGUCCAGAAGAAACCUAUCAGUGUACUAGCCUAGCCGAAUCAGUGGUAAAAGAAGGGGGUAGUACUACACUAGACACCGAAGCGAUAGAUAAAGCGGUCUGCUCUGAGCCAGGGUCGUUCUCGAGAGCUCCAGUUCGGAUCAUAAACGUCCAGCAGGAAGACGAAGAACUACUGAGGUGCAUGGUGGUACCCGAUAUACCAUCGGUACCAGAGAAAACAUCCAAAGACCGCGCUUUGGAUUUGGAAAGAAUAUACGGUACGUUAAAUGGACAAGCCCGGACAAGCGCUCAGGCUCGUCAAGUAGAAACAACAAUAGUGUCAGCUGUGUUUAGCUCCCGUGGGGUACAGGUUAGGACCAGCAAGGGAAGAACUCUUUGA